AGUGUGAGUAUCAGAUUGCAUCCCAGCGCUGCAGAGUCGGUGACACAGCGCGGUCCAGCAUCCGACACGCAGCUUACCCACAGCACCAAAGAGGAGCGACUCUGGCGAGCGUUCUUCAAGCGUUAGACAAACUUCAGAGGCAACGUCUCUCUUUCUAAAACAGCUGCAGCCUGAGGAAGGGCCAGAUGUCCACCUAGCAUCUUGUGCCACCUUCCCGCGUCGAGAUCCACUUCUUGCAGCUCGUGUUUAACUUGGAAACUCUGGAACCUUUGGAGAAACUUGGACUUUCUGAGGGAGGUCUCCCACUGCUCUCCACACUGCCACUGCAGAGCGCGCGUGUGAACUGAGUGCGUGUUCAGUCGUUUCUGACCUCUCCUCCUCUUCGUGAAACAUGCAUCACGAGCCUCUGCUCGCCCUGCUGCUGCUGCACUUCCCCGCGCUGCUACGCGUGCUCGCGGCCUACGAGUGCACGCCGUGCGCGCGUCGCACGUGCCCGAGCGCGGUGGCGACAACGGCAGGAGCGCGCGCCUGUGAGGACGGCCGCGCGCUUUCCCGCGACCCGUGCGGCUGCUGCGCGCCUCAGUGCACGCGCCUCGAGCUGGAGCUGUGCGGGGGGAGAGACUGGACACUGGGCUACUGCGGCUUGGGACUCACGUGCGCCGCGCUCAACCGCACCGGAGCCGUAAACAUCCCCGAGAUCGGAGCGUGUAAAGGGCUCCUCAACACUGCGGAUGCUGGUGCAGAGGAUGUGCAUUGCCCCCUGGUGAGCGGGUGCGACCGUGUGAGCGGAGAGUGUGUGUGCGACUCCGUGCGCUCCUGCAUCAAGACGUUCAGUUACCUGAAUAAAGAGUUGUGUGGCCGUGCUGUAAAGACAGAGGCUCGGCGGCAUGAGCAGGAGCACAGAGAGAGGCACAGGGAGAGGUUUGUGGGUCCUGCUAACCCAGUCUGCGUGUUCUCCGGCUGUAACCUGACCACAAAGGGCUGCGAGUGCACCUCCCAGAGCUGCCACCCCUACUUCACCUAUGCCAACCGCAGCCAGUGCCAGCAAGCAGCAGUGGAGCUGAAAUGUGCUGGGAUCACUUGCCCGACUCUACCAAUGACUGACUGCCCACAUGACUCAGUUCUGACCCAUAGCUACACACCACCUGGAGGCUGCUGCCCCACAGUGCCACCUCAGUGCAUCUGUGGCAGGUGCUCACCCCAGCUUGAUUGUCCCAGUGGACACAGGGCAGUGGUCAUUAGUGAAGCUACUGGUGCACCGGGCAACUGCUGCCACACCUAUGACUGCCAGAGAGUUUCCCCCAAGUGUGUACACAAUGGGAAGCAGUUUGCUGAGGGUGAGGUGUACCGCAUGGAUCCAUGCUGGCUCUGCCAGUGUCGAGGGGGCAUCUCCUUUUGUUCCAAGGCCGAGUGUGCUGAGCUGGACUGUGAUAACUUCUACAUCCCAGAAGGAGAGUGCUGCCCAGUCUGUAUAGAUGUGGAACUGUUAUCAGUAGACAGCACGAAGGCCAGCUGCUGGGUGAACCAUAAGCUGCGUCAGGACGAGGAGCAGUGGAAGGAGGACGACUGCACAUUUUGCCAGUGUGUGGAUGGAGAGCCCCACUGCACAGCCAUGGCCUGCAAGCAGAGCUGCCAGAACCCAGUCAAAAUCCCAGGAGAAUGCUGCCCUUUCUGUGAAGAGCCUUCGUAUGAGACAGUGAGCCCCUUUCUGUGCCCCCCACUGGAAAACUGCUCCCUGUCAGGACAAGACUGUCCAUUUGGCUUUCAGCAGGACCACAAUGGCUGUCUACUGUGUCAGUGUCUCAGCAAUGACUCCUGCCCUGAAUUGUCCAAGUAUUGCAACCUGCAAUGCCCCAUGGGAUAUGAUAAGGAUGACUUUGGCUGUGAAGUGUGUGAAUGCAACAUCCCGUCCAAGUGUAAACCUCUAAUCUGCAGCAAGACCUGCACUCAUGGAUAUAUGAGGAACAAGCAUGGCUGCGAGAUGUGUCGCUGCAUUAAGUGUCCACCCUUUACUUGUGACAAGCAAUGCAGUGAGGGCUACAAGCAGAACAGGAAGGGCUGCAGUGUGUGCCUCUGCAAAGAGAGUGAGCAUGCUGUUAGCACUACCAUUCCUCCUCCACUGCCAAGCUACUGCUUGACCGCAAAUGGCCUGCGCUUUGAGGAAGGCGAGGGUUGGCACGAUGGUUGUAGAGACUGCUACUGCCACGCUGGCCGUGAGAUGUGUGUUCUCAUAUCUUGCCCUGUGCCCACCUGCAGACAGCCUGUGCUCAGGCCACACCAGUGCUGUCCUACCUGUGAUGAUGAGUCAGGCAGUGGCCAGCCAGAUGGAAUGGACAUGGUGGUGUGUCGUGCACCUGGAGGAGAUCUUUACAUUGAGGGUGAAACGUGGAAUCUGGACAGAUGCACUCACUGUACCUGCAGGCAGGGUCGGGUGCUGUGCGACACAGAAGCGUGUCCACCUACCCUCUGUCAGACACCAAUCAGGAGCAAGGACACCUGCUGUUACAUCUGCCCAGAGGACACACUCAGUUCCCUGCUUCCUGUUGACAGCAGCCAGCAAGAGUACUGUAUCUCCAGUGAUGGAGACGUCCUACUGGCUGGUGAUUCUUGGAAGCCUAAUGCUUGUACCAGCUGUAUCUGCAACAACGGGACAGUUCAGUGCUUCUCCCAGCGAUGCCCAGCUGCCAACUGCAGAGUUCCAGUUCUGCGCAAGGGCCAGUGCUGUCCACACUGCCUGGAGGUCACGACAACCUCAGUGCCGAUAAUGAUGUCGACCACAACAGCCAAACCCAAGGCCAAUAUCACUGCUACCCCUGCUGAAAGUGAAACUGUUUGGAUCACCAUGCAUACAGUGCCUCCUGUUGUUGCAAUCACAGAUGAUCAGGAUCUGAGCGAGGAUGUUCCAAGCCAGACAGAAAUGUCCCUCAUCUACCAAUCAGCAGCCUGGAUUCUUGCUGGCCUCCUCUUGGCUAUAGUCAUCUUCCUCAUUGUGGCCAUUCUCAUCAACAAGAAGAAGAAGUGGGUUCAGAUGUCCUGCUACAGUGCUCCUAAAAAGACCGUGAUCCUGAAGAAGCACGUGAACAAGAACUCCGUUGUGUACAUGGAGCCAUCCAAGGAGCACAAGUUCCAGAGCGUGAAGAACGACUGUGGCAUGACCUUCUCCCCAGACGUGAGCUCGCCCUGCGGGGAGCGUAUCAGCAUCCCGCGGGCCAAGCUCAGCAACGGACACGCGAGGGUCCAGCACUAAUAUCUCUGAGGUCAACUGGCAGGACUACAGGAUGUUUCCUUUCAUCUCCCCUCCAUUUCACAUACAUUCAUGAGAGAAACUCUCACCACAUGCUGAGGAUUCUUCUGCCGGCUGUCGAUUCACACAAAGCUCUUUGGUCUCCCAUGGAGGAAAGACGUAUUGUGAAACUUGUGAUCUCAAUUUAUUACAUCGAUUGUUUUGUUUUUUUGCAUUUUACAUCAUGUUGGGAGCUUUAAAGACUCUACAUUGCUGUCUCAGGAGCAAUGAAGAGGGGAACCGUACCUUCAUGGACAUGGACGAUCCUUCCACGCCAUAUCAGUCCAUGCUGGAUAGAUGGCAUAAAGCUUAGGAACUUAUGACUAUGAUUGAAUCACAGAUAACUGCCUCUUUACAUUUAAAGAUAUACCAUCACAAAUGCUUUAGGUCAGGAGAGCUGCUCCCAAGAGUUUUUUGGUUUUUAAAGUUUGCUCAGGCAGUUUGUUUGCUGCAAAUUGGCUGGCUGUCCAUUCACAGCAGUGACAUGAUUAGAGGGCAGCUACAUGGCUGAUUUUUUUCUUGGACUCUGGCACCGGAAAAAAAUAAUCAGACUCUGCUACGACUGAACUAUAUACUGAACUUGGACAAACAGUGGAGUCUGCAAGAGGAAAGAAAAUGACUCCUAAUCUCCGGUUUGCAUUUGAUAAAUUUCUGUUUCCAAGUGUAUUACCUGUAGUCUUAGUCAUUCUGUGCUUUCUGUCAUGGCUUCCUCUCAAGUGGUAAGAUCAAGCAAUUUAGAACUCAAGACUAAAAGUCUACAGUUCAGGACAAAUUAGCAUAAUAGUAAACCAAGCCUAGUAAACCAAAAGCUUUAUAAUUCAUCUAAUGGGAAGACAUGAGUACUGAAUGCAUCUGCCUCCAGUACGGAAGUAAGAAAAACACAUGCCCAGUCCAACUAGUACAUAGACAAUGACAAGCUUCAGAAAUCAAUGUCUCAGCACUGCGUGCUAAGGCCAAAGCCAUUUCAAUACUUCAUGUAAGCAAAACAACUGAAUAGAUGCUUUCAGUUUACCAGGUGAUAAUGUUUAAAUUACAGCUAGUUUUUAUACCUGCUGAAAUUACUGGCCUCAUCCAAUUUGACCCUGAUCACUUAAGCUCCACAGACUAAUGAUCCACAAGAAUGAUGCAGGAUCGAAUGCAUCUUAAAUAGGACCUUAACUGAAACAGCCGUAAAAUAUUCCUGGAAAAACUCACACAUGAACAGGGAAUUCAUACAGUGAGCCUGCAAAGUAUUUACACAUUUGUGCCAUCUUUAAUUUUUAAGUUCACUGUUUCAAGAAACAAACUCAUAACAAGAGGCACUUAUUUUAAAUGGACCAUUCCAAGACCUUUCAAAAGGCAGCUGGUGUGUUUCAGAUCAAUAUCCUGCUGUAAGAUCCACUUCAGUUUGAGCAAUUUCUUUCAGACUUGCGAAGAAACACCGUCUACAUUCAGUUUGAUGUGCUAAUAGUGUGUUUCUCUGAAACAAACACUGCUUUGUUAAACAUGAAGUUUCCUAAAGAACUUCAUUAAAGUUGAUCAAUGGUUCAAGUGCCCAGAUACUUUGGAGGCCUCAGUAUAUCCAAACAGCUUUAGUAAACAGUAUUUCUGUGUGGGUCUCUUUCAAGUAACAAUGGAAGGAAAAAAACAAAGCCCCAGAGUGUUGCACAUUAUUAAUAGGAAAAUGUUGGAGACAUUUUUAUUUGCGUCAUUGUUGUAAUUAAGGGAGUGAGGACAGACACAAAGCAGCAAGCAGUUUUAGGCAAUUUUGAACCACAGCUGUUGACUUAACCAACGGAGGAGGCCAACUGCAGUUUGUAUUUCCUACAUGUAAAAAAGUAGAUGAACCAUAGAUGAAGAGUACAUUAUUUAUUUUUUCACAUAGUUUAUUUAUUACUACUAAACUAUAGUUUGAGUAACGGAGAUGCGUGUUGUUUGGAUGUUGAUAAACAUUAGUGGCCAAAGCUGCUGUACAUUUCCAUUUCUAUCUGCUUUUUAUUCUUCAAGCUUAUUUAUUUUACUUUUUGCAAACUGUAAAUACAUAUUUCUUAGAUGUGUUAAUGUAACAUUUACACCUUUUUUGAAUAAAAUGUUGUGUGA